CUAAGUAACCCUUCUCUUAUAUCUCCGUCUCUCAUAUUAGGUUUUUCUCUCAAGUCGCAGCGGCAGCAAACUCGCGCUCUCUGGUACUUCACAACCCUCUCGUCUUCCCUUCAGGUAAGUUUCGGUAGAAAAUGGGUCGUGUUCGCACGAAGACUGUGAAGAAAUCUUCACGCCAGGUGAUUGAGAGGUACUACUCUCGAAUGACUCUGGAUUUCCACACAAACAAGAAGAUCUUGGAAGAGGUUGCCAUCAUCCCCUCAAAGAGGCUGCGGAACAAGAUUGCUGGUUUCUCAACCCACUUGAUGAAGAGAAUUCAGAAGGGUCCAGUCAGGGGCAUCUCAUUGAAGCUGCAAGAAGAAGAGCGUGAGCGUCGUAUGGACUUCGUGCCAGAUGAAUCAGCUAUUAAGAUUGACGAAAUUAAGGUUGACAAGGAGACACUUGAUAUGCUUGCUGCUUUUGGCAUGUCAGACAUUCCUGGACUUGUUGAGGUUGAGCCACAGGCUAUGAUUCCACCCCAAGCUUUCGGCAGGGGUGCAGUUGGCCCAAGGAGAUACUAAGGUAGUCGAGACUACGCAUCGUAUGGCCAUGGUUGUUGGUAGUUAUUUUCAGUUUAUUAAUUAAAUGUGGUACUUUUCUUGUUAGUUUCAAUUUUGAAUGGAUGUUUAAAUCAUUUUGGACAUGGAUAGUUAUACCUUUGUUCCAAGUGUUGGAGAUCUCUGAAGUUGAAUGGUUUUGCUAUUAGUCAAAUUUCAUAACUUCGAAUGCAGUUUUCUGAGUUUGCCCUGUUA